AUGGCCUCCGGCUCGUAUACAUCUGGUGAUGGGGGUUCGUUCAACCCUGCUUCAUAUACUCGGCACUUCUUGGGCUCUCCUAUGAGCUACCGCAGCGCAGUGGGCUCUUACAACAGUAGACUACUAGGCUACCCAGGCUCUGUGGGCUCAGUCACUAUGGGAAGUCCGAUGGAUAUUCAUCGAGACCCAGCAGUUUCCAAUGCACUGAGGCUAUUCGAGUUUCAGGAUGAACUCUGCAGGAACUAUACUUGUUGUGGCCUCCAUCUUACUGACCUUCAUGCACUCCUGGAGCACUUUGAAGACAUUCACGUCGUAUGUAUCGACCAACCAGGUGGCGGUGCUCCUCAAGCGCACAUCUCAGUGCCAUUCGAGCCCCAAAUCAUCGAUGCCGGUGGUGUUCCACAGCCUAUGCCGUCUAAUCAGCUGCAGAAUCAACAGCAGUCGAUGCAUCAAGGAGGAGGACCCGUUGAUCCUGACGACAUGGAACUCGAAACCCCUUUUCCUUCUGCUACUGCAUCUGCGGCCUCUUCGAUGCCCUCUUCCCCCACUUCUACGCCGUCUCCACCGGAAACUCUGUUGGCUACACCAUUAUCUACGUACUCAUCGCCCAGUAAUUUAAUUCACAAUAGUCUGGCCGCAGCCUACCCAGGAGGGUAUCCGGGUGUUAAAAGUCAAAAGUCAUUACCAUCUUCAUCGCCUCCGAGCCCUCGUCAACAAAACUCCUUGCAUAACACGACCAAUGCUCCUACGUCAACUCAGAACCCCCAAAACAUCACAAAUGACGCUAGCUCUGUUCAACGCCCGAAUCUGGCAUUGAACCUCCCAGGCUUUUCAUCGUCAUCCUCCCGGCCAGUUGUACAUUCUCCCUUCAUAACUGGGCCGCCACCGCCAGGCGGAACUGGAGCUUGGGCUCAUAGUCACGGGAUGCCCGGUGGUGUCGACAUGACGUACAUGGGUAACAUCGGAAUGAACGGAGGCCUGGGCAUAGGUGGAUUUGGCGGAAACUUCCAUUAUCAGAAUCCUUAUGGGUACAAUUAUCCCGAAGGAGAGUCUGUGGGCUCCGAAAAUGGCACCGUGGAUAUGGGUUGUGUCCAGCCUGCGAUGCUAUUUUCCACGCCGUCAAGUCCACAGUCUCAUCCUGGAGACGGAGCCGACGAUGAAGACGCCGAUGCUGAAUUUGACAUUGACAUAGAGGAUCAAGAAAAAGAAGUUUCUCAACCGGUCUAUGACGUGCAGAAGGAGGUAAAGAAAGAGAAGGUUACAAAUAAGACACUAUCUGCUAAAGCUACAAAUACGAAAGGCAAGGGUCAAUAUACUGGCAAUCCUCUUGACGAUUCCACCACUCCCGUUGCAUCGACAAAUACUGCCUCAUCUGGUAUUCCUGUCGACACCGCUAAACCGGUUCCGAGGAUCGGUCGACCACCUACCGGUGGAGGCGGCAGUGGAUUAUUACAGAGCAAGCCCUUCAAGUGCCCCAAGCCAAACUGUAACAAAAGCUAUAAGCAAGCCAAUGGUCUUAAAUAUCAUAUUACUCAUGGAUCCUGCAAUUUCGCUCCUCCCAAAGACAUGGAACACGUCCAGGCCAUCCUGGAGCGGAAGCGUAAACAGCAGCAACAACAGCAGACACCCCAAGAAGAUUCCGCGAAUGUGAACCCGUCUCCCUCGGCCUCUUCAUCCGGUGCUAACACGCCUAGAAGUGGAAUGGCAACUCCGGUCACACCCUCCUCAUUGAGCUCGCCUUUCACUCUUGCUCUAAGUGUGAAUACUGGAGUCGUCUCUACAGGGGGUAGCAACCCUAGCUCUGCCUUAAGCUCCCCAGUGGCUCCUUCGUCUGGUUCACAUUUUACUGGAGCGAAUAAUUUCAUCCCUACACCGUCAUCGUUAAGUACUGCCCUAAGUUCCGCGUUAAGCUUGAGCAGUCCUACAACUGCGACCUCGGGUUACGCCGAAGGUACUUACCAAGACGGUGAAGAAACAUCUUUGAAUCGGUCCAACUCAUAUGGUCAAGCCGUCUCCCAAAACCGCAUACCAAAUGCGAAUGCUUCCUCAUCGUCACUUAUCAAUGCGCUUACCCCUAUUUCCACUUCGGCCACCUCCAAUAACACCUCCGCUGCUGAUUCACUUACUUCGCUCCGUUCUACAUUGUCUUCUCUUCCUCCUUCGGAGCUUCUGGCAAUUGAAGCCGAGGCCGAACGUCAACUCAAGCCUUACGCUUGUGGUGUUGGCGACUGCCCUCGCCGUUACAAAAACAUGAAUGGUCUUCGCUACCAUUAUAUGCACUCUGGAGAUCAUGGUGUAAUUGGGCUACAGUGGCUAGCUAGCGGGAAGCAUGAGUGCUUAGCUCAGCGGGGAGAUAAGAGUGCCGGUAAGAAUAAAGGUCUGAACACCGGGACAGGAUCUGUGGGCUCCGUAGUUAGCACUGCAUAUCCUUCUGCAGGUCGCGUUGGAGGUACAGAGAGAGAGGGGAGAAAAGUCCGAGGAGCAGCAGGCUCAUCUUCAAAGCCUCCCAGCCGCGCUUCAAGCGUCAGCGCGAGUAGGACCAGUACACCUGUGACUACCACGUUCCCGCCGAUGCCGAUGCCUUAUGCCCCUGCGACUCAAGGGGAGGUUCCUGCUACUGCCACACCGGGCUACCAGCCGACACAGCAGUUUGCACCAACCCCUUCGUCCCAGCCCCUUUCAACACCAGCGCAUCAGUACCAGCAAACUCAACAGUUCACACCACAAGCAACGAAUGGAAGCCACCCUACUCCGAACUAUCAAUCUCGCCUAGGCUAUCCUACGCCAGGAGUAUAA